AUGGAGUACUUGUCUAGAAUCAUGUCCAAGGUGGCUAAGGAGGCUGACUUUAAGUUUCACCCUAGAUGCAAGAGUUUACAGCUCACUCAUCUCUGUUUUGAGGAUGACCUCCUUUUGUUCUGUAAAGGAGAUUACAAAGCAGCUACCUUGUUGCUGAGGGGUUUUAAGCUGUUUUCUAAUACGUUUGGGCUCAAAGCGAAUAUCAGUAAAUCUACGGUUUAUGGGGCAGGUAUGGAUACUAACUCUAUUGAUAGGCUUGUGGAUUUAUCUGGUUUUCCGAAGUGUGGUUUGCCUUUUAAGUAUCUUGGUAUGACAAUUUGUGCCAAAAGAAUAUCUAAAUCUGAUUGUGUUUGUUUGGUGGAGAAGAUGGUUAGUAGGAUUCGGGUUUGGAGUAGUAGAAAUCUUUCUUAUGAGGGUAGAAUUUUCUUAAUUAACUCAGUUUUCCUUACUAUAAAUUCCUACUGGUCUCAAUUGGUAAUCUUACUGAAAUCAGUUUUGCACAGUAUUAUCCAAGUGUGUAGAGCGUUUCUUUGGAAAGGAGUUGACUGGAUAAGUGGUCCGAGCUAUGUUUCUUGGUCUGAUGUUUGUCGUUCUAAAUCAGAGGGUGGUUUGGGUUUUAAAGACAUUGAGUUAUGGAAUUUUUGUGCCAUGGGUAAACAUGUUUGGGACAUCUCUUCUAAGAAGGACAAUUUAUGGGUGAAGUGGGUAAACUCUAUCUAUAUCAAGCAAGGUGAUUGGUGGGAUCAUGAAGCUCCUAUUGAUGCUAGCUGGUAUUGGAAGAGGAUAGUGCAAGUGAAAAAUAAACUUAAAGCUGUGUACUCAUUCAAUGAAUUUCAGAGUUUCAAUUUUACUAUAGCAGGGCUGGUUUCUAAAUUGCAUUUGAUUGCUGGCAGAUGGAAGUUUACUAUGAUUUGGGAUAGAUUUUCUAUUCCUAAACAUAGAUUUAUCAUUUGGCUUGCUCUCCUUGAAAGAUUACCAACACUUGACAGGAUUCAGAGAUUCAAAACGCUUCAUAGUAUAAAUUGUGUUCUGUGUGGGAAUUUAGCUGAAUGCCAUUCUCAUUUGUUUUUCUCCUGUAGUGUUAGUUCAAAAAAUUUGGUUGAAAUACUUCAGUGGAGUGAUUUACCUUACCAUGGCCAUGAUCUCAAGAACCUUUUGAAGUGGAUUGGAAAAAAGAAGCUCUCGCAAGGCAGAAGGAAGAUAGUUUACAGUAUCGUUUCGGCUGUGGUCUACUUCAUUUGGCACAGUAGGAAUAGUAUGGUUUGGGACCAAAAGUUUUCCUCUAUUGAUGUUAUUAUUAGAAAUAUAAUUCAUAGUGUGAGUGAGAGACUUCAGAAUAUGAAUUUAAGUAAGCUCAACAGGAUAGAUCUUAUAUGGGUGGAUACUCUGCUAAGAGUAUGUAAUUAA